UGUGUCUGUGUGUUUGUGUGUGUGUGUGUGUGUGUGUGUGUGUGUGUGUGUGUGUGUGUGUGUGUGUGUGUGUGUGUGUGUGUGUGUGUGUGUGUGAGAGUGUGUAAGUCUGGUCAGCCCGCUCAGUGUAAUUUUCUGGGAACUCGAGGCACAGGAGAAGCCUUUGUGUAGGAAACCUAACGAUCUGCUCUGUAAAUUACUGAUUCUCAUGCUGAUUACGCCGGCGCUCCAUGAUGCCGUGUUUACUCUGCGGUGAUCGCACACACACUGCAUCCUGUUUGCGUGGACGUCCGUCUGAAAGGUACACUCGGAUGAACGGUCCAGAGCGCAGCCCCACGGGUCACUCUGGUCAGCUGCUCUCCGUCCCGUGCUGCGACCUGUCACACACUUUGGGGAAAGAAAGUUUAUGUUUUUCCGGAUUUGUGACGUGACGAUGCUUCCAAAUUAAUUAGGGCACCCUGUGUCCUUGUUGCGACUGUGACAACCGUAGGAAAGCCCUCCCUCCCUCCGCCCUCCCCAUCCCCCUCCCCUCACAUUAAUAUCCAUCAGUACUAUUAUAGCUUUGGGCUAAUGCUAAUGUUGAUGUUUGACCUUGCACUCUGAGGACAAAACGAUCCUGGCCCAUGGCUCACUGUUAUUAUCAAUUAGAGUUUGAAGGAAUAUGUUUGGCGUCUUCAUUAGGUAGGAAUAAAGAACAUGUGUGUGUGUGUGUGUGUGAGUGAGCACUUGAGUUUGUAGCAUAUUAUUAUUGUAUUUUAUUUGUGUGAAAAAAUGUGAUUGUUUGUGUGUGUAUGCGUGUAUUUAUGCCUGCAAUUGUAAGAUUUUUGUGCGUGGGCGCGUGAAUGUUACUUUCUUUGCAUGUGUUUGUGUGUGUGCGUGCAUUCAAGUGUAAGUGUGUGUGAUGGUGUGUAAUGGUGGAAGACAUGUCAUCAGUGUCCCGGGCCGUCCAGAGUCCUCCCCCUCAGAGCUGGUCCAGGCUGAUGGAGCAGGAGGCGGUGGGCUGUCUGGAGAGCAGGUUAGACACACUGCCAUGGGGACCCAUCCUCACCAUUAGUGGGCAAAGUCGUUCCCCGGUUCAUAAAGCUGUCCUUUUCUGCUUGUCUGCUCUGUGUGCGUGUGUGUGUGUGUGUGUGUGUGUGUGCGUGCGUGCGUGCGUGCGUGUGUGUGUGCGUGUGUGCGUGUGUGUGUGUGUGCGUGCGUGUGUGUUUGUUUGUCUACAGGGGGCUUGAUUGCAUGUAUGUUACUCAGUUAUUUUUGAACAUCUGUGUUUGUUUUUGUGUGGGACAGUGUUUACCCUGGUGUCUAUGUUAUUGUGUGUGGCUGCGUGCAUUCUCGUGUGUGUUUGUGCCUAUGUGUGCAUGUGAGCGUGUGCGGGCCAUUGUGUGUUACUCUGUGCAUGCUAGACUAAUAGCAAUUGCGACAAUGCCACAGACAGGUACUAUAUCUGGUAUGCUGGUAUGACCUGCAGCGAUGAAGGUAGCGGGCGCUAGCUAACACGCGCCCUUCUACACUGAGGCAGCAGCCCUGGCUGACUGGCUGCUGCUGUGGUAGUAGGCCAGCACCAGAUGCAUUAUUCAUCAGCGCUGUUCGCUUGGCUGCUGAUAAUGACUCUAUCAGAUCUGGCAAGGUGGUUGUAUGCAUGGUAGGGAAACAGGCAAUCCGGCAGUGUGUGUGUGCGCGUGUGUUUUUGUGGGUGUAUGCAGGUGUGUGUGCGUGUGUGUGUUUGUUUGUGUGUGUAUGUGUGUGUGUGUGUGCUCCAUCUUUUUUGCAGAUACUGUGUGUUCAUGAAUUUAAAUAUGAUAUGCUUAGCAGCAGAGGUGACCGGGAGAGAAAGAAAAUAGGAGAAAAAUAGAUUGAAACUCUUGAUACAGGAGUGCAUUCAGCACCGGCACGGCCCCGAUUCCAUUAAAUCAGAUGGACCUGGGUCCAGAGAGGGAGCCAUUAAAAGGCAGACAGGACUCUACCGCCAGCAGGAGAGCUGGCAGUCAGUCGGUCCACCAGCAGAGAGGACCUUUACUUCUCGACUAACCAAAGGAAUAAGCAGCUUUCUUCUUUUUUUUUUACUCCACGCUGGGAACCGGCGCCAAAACCAAACCACUAACAAGUACUGAUUGGAGCAACAGCAGAGUUUGGAGGACAGGCGUUGGGCCACCGAGCACGCAGCACCUGUGUGAGAGGAUGCCAGUGAUGCAGCUCCACCACAGUUAAAUCAUGGGCAAUGCGGAGAGCCAGAAUGGCGACAGCGGUAUCUACGGGGACGUGACGGGGCCCCUGUCUCGCAAGCACACGUCCCGCUCCCUCCGCCUCUCGGGCAAACAGCAGCAGCAGAAGCAGCCGAUCGCUCGCCGGCCCCGCCACUCCUCCUCCUCGGUGAAGCAGGAGCACCGCAACUCGGAGGCCUCCACGCGCUCCUCCAGCACGCCCAGCAUCCCCCAUUCCCUGGCCGAAAGCGGGCAGGACCCCUUCGGCGGCGCCGACGCCCUGGGCGACUUCGGCCUCGGGGCCAACCCCCACUGGACCCAGCGGGUCGCCAUGACGAUGAGGCCCGAGUCCUACCAGCACGACGACGACGACGACGCCGACCUGGCCACGCCCACCCCGGAGGCGUCGGAGACGAGCACGGUGGCCCGGCGGGAGGGGGAGGGGCAGUCCGGCGGGGAGGGGGAGGGGGAGGGGGAGGGGAGGUGCCUCCAGCGGCUGGCGGAGGGCGGGGCCAGGGAGGGAGGGGGCGGGAGCUUCAAGAAGAAGCGGUCCAAGUCGGCCGACACGUGGCGCGAGGGCAGCAUGGAGCUGUCCGAGUCCGACCUCAGCCAGGGUCACAUGACCAGCACGGAGGACAUCCUCCACGGAGGGGAGGGGCUGGAGGGGGAGGAGGAGGAGGAGGAGGAGGAAGAGGAGGAGGAGCCCUUCGCCCUACCCAGACGGGGUGCAGGCUCCACAGAGAGGGCCUCCUCCAUGGACCAUCUGUGCAGCCAGCGGGGCCCCGUGCUGAGGGCCCAGCGGGGUCCCUACGCCCAGGGGGGGGGGGGCCGCGAGGGGGAGGGGGAGGGACCCCUGUCCCCCGCGGAGGACGACGGCAGCGGCGGCGUCUACGGGGCCUUCACGCUGCCCUGCCGCCGCUCCCACUGCCUGUCGGAGGGCCUGGGGGGCCUGGGGGGCCACUGCGCCCCGGCCCCGCCCUGCCACACCUUCCAGGGCCGCCGCGCCCAGACCACCCAGGACAUCUCCGGGGCCCUGGGCGAGGGCAGUGAGUACGGCGACAGCGGCAUCGAUGGCCUCGCCGUGGAGAUGGAGGGCGAGGCGGAGCUGGUGUCGCGGCGCUGCAAGGCCAUGUCGGCCUCCUUCUCCGUGUACUCCAACGCCGAGAGCAGCGCCUUCAACGGCAGCACCUUCCACGGCAGCGACAGCGGCAGCAGCAACGGGGGGGGAGGAGUCUACGAGAACUUCCGGAAGGAGCUCGACAAUCAGGCAUGGACCCAUCGGGGGCGGGGCUUCAGGGAGGAGGCGGGCUCUGCCGUGAGUGACGAGCGAAGCAGCGGCACUCUGAGUACCGCCUACCCGUCGGAUUUUCCGAUUGGCUGCGCCAACGGCACGGUCAGGAAGGCGGGAGCGCUGGCUGUCAAGAACUUCCUGGUCCAUAAGAAGAACAAGAAGGUGGAGCCCGCCACGCGACGCAAGUGGAAGCACUACUGGGUCUCGCUGAAAGGAUGCACUCUCUACCUCUAUGACACGGACGGGCGCUCUGCCAUCGACCACAACAGCGUCCCGAAGCACGCGCUCUGGGCAGAGAACAGCAUCGUGCAGGCCGUCCCCGAACACCCCAAGAAGGACUUUGUGUUCUGCCUCAGCAACUCCGUGGGGGACGCCUUCCUGUUCCAGACGUCGGCCCAGACGGAGCUGGAGAACUGGAUCACGGCCAUCCACUCGGCGUGCGCCGGCGCAGUGGCGCGGCAGCACCACCGCGAGGACACGCUGCGGCUGCUGCGCACCGAGGUGCGCAAGCUGGAGCAGAAGAUCGACAUGGACGAGAAGAUGAAGAAGAUGGGCGACAUGCAGCUGUCCACCGUCACCGACGGCAAGAAGAGGAAGACCAUCCUGGAGCAGAUCUUCCUGUGGGAGCAGAACCUGGAGCAGUUCCACGUGGACCUGUUCCGCUGCCGCUGUUACCUGGCCAGCCUGCAGGGGGGCGAGUCCCCCAACCCCAAGAGGCUGCUGGCCGUGGCCUCGCGGCCCACCAAGCUGGCCAUGGGACGCCUGGGGGUCUUCUCCGUCUCCUCCUUCCACGCCCUGGUGGCGGCCCGUACCGAGAGCAACGCCAGGAGGCGGAGUCACGCCGUGCCCCGCCCCUCGAGCAAACGCCGCAGUCGCUUCUCCUCCCUGUGGGGGCUGGACACCGCCUCCAGGAAGAAGAGCAAGGCACCCCACCCCUCCAUCACCCAGGUGUUCGUGGAGGGGGCGGAGCCACUGAAGACCACGCUGGAGUGCAUGGUGGAGGAUUCUGCCAGCGAGAAAUCUAGGGACAGGGGCAGCUCAGUGAAGAGUGUUCCCCAGCUCCAGCCAGACAGUGAGAUCUGGACGCCCGAGUGCCUGAAGCCCUCCUGGGUGUGUCUGCCCAACGACCGGCCCGUCCUGGCCAUCAUCCAGCCAGGGGAGACCUCCAUGGAGACCCUGGAUGCGGUGUGCAAGGCCAACAAGAUAGACCCCUCCAACCACUACCUGCGUCUGAAGGUGUGUGUGGAAGACCAGAUGCUCCUCUACGUCCCGUCGUCCGAAGAGGACAUCUCAGAUCUGCUCCACAAAGAGAUCGAGAUUUGCAGUAAAACGACCAAGGUGGUCUGCUUCGACAAGGCCGACUCCUGCGCCAUUGGAUAUGGGUUCAAGGUGUCGGUACAGGAGGAAGAGGGGAGGCCCACGCUCCACAUCACUGAAGUGAAGGCAGAGGGCCUGGCCUCGGCCAAAGGUGUGAAAGUGGGUGAUGAGAUCCUUUUGCUCAACGGCAAACCUGCCUCCGUCUUACAAAUGGAUGACAUGAGGAGCGCGUUUGUUCAACCUGCGUUGACGCUGAGCGUCAGCACCCUGCCACACAUCGACCCACGGCUGCUCUGCUCCCUCCCCCCGCGGCGGUCCGACGACCCCACCACGGACAUCUUCUCCCAGGACCAAGAGGACAUCCUGGACGACGUGUCGGGCCUGACGGUGGACAGCCCGGACGGCACCGUGGAGGAGGGGUCCCGGAUGGUUCCCCCGAGCCCUGGGGGGGACCCCCCCAAGGACCUGCCCCCCAACCAGGCUGAGCAGAAGGGCACGGAGCAGGACACCGCCUUCUGCCGGGGUCUCCAUGACAUGAAUCCCCCGGAGGCCGUCCCCUCGUCCUCCUUCUCGUCCGCCUCCUCCUCCACCUCCUCCUCGUCCUCCUCCCUCCCCCCUAGCCCCGUGUCGCCCGCGCCUCCCGGCACGGCCGCCGCCGUGGCCGCCGCCGCCGCCGCCCAGCGCCAGCUCUCUCACGCCGACAAGCUCCGCAAGGUCAUCAGCGAGCUGGUGGACACGGAGAAGACCUACGUCAAAGACCUGGGAUGCCUGAUAGAGCGCUUCUUGAAGCCUUUGCAGAAGGAGAGCUUCCUCACACAGGAUGAGCUGGACGUGCUGUUUGGGAACCUGGACGAGAUGCUGGUCUUCCAGGUGGAGUUCCUGCAGACCCUGGAGGACGGCAUCCAGCUGGUCCCCGAUCUGGACAAACUGGAGAGGGUGGAGCAGUUUAAGAAAGUAUUGUUUUCCUUGGGCAGCUCAUUCCUAUACUAUGCGGACCGCUUCAAGAUCUACAGUGCCUUCUGCGCCAGCCACACCAAAGUCCCCAAGGUUCUGACUAAAGCCAAGACGGAUCCGGACUUCAAGGCCUUCCUGGCCCUGCGGAACCCGCGGCAGCAGCACUCGUCCACGCUGGAGUCCUACCUGAUCAAGCCCAUCCAGAGGGUCCUCAAGUACCCCCUGCUGCUCAGAGAGCUCUACUCCCUCACGGACCCUGAGAGCGAGGAACACUACCACCUGGACGUGGCCGUCAAGACCAUGAACGAGGUGGCGAGCCACAUCAACGAGAUGCAGAAGCUACACGAGGAGUACGGUGCCGUGUUCGACCAGCUCAUCAACGAGCAGACGCUGGACAAGAAGGAGUCGCGGGUGGCCGACCUCACCAUGGGAGACCUGCUGGUCCACAAGCCCGUGACCUGGAUCAACCCUCCGUCCGCGCUGGUCAAGAGCAAGAAGGACCCCGAGCUGGCGGCCUUCGUGUUUAAAACGGCUGUGGUCUUUGUGUACAAGAACUGCACCAAGCAACGGAGAAAGAUCGGUGCGUCCCAUCGGUCCUCUGUCACCGAGGACAGGGAUCCCGUCCGCUUUCGACACAUGAUCUCAACGGACUCCCUCCAAGUCCGGCCACUCGCCAACUCUGAGGAUACCGCUGUGUGUGAGAUAGUCCACACGAGGUCCGAGUCUGUGGGGAGACCGGAGAGAACCUUCCAGUUGAGCUGCAGCUCCCCGGACAGUAAGAAGGAAUUCCUGAAGGCGGUGCACUCAGUCCUGAGGGAGAAGCAGCGCCGACAGCUGCUGAAGACGGACUCCCUGCCCUCCGGCCAGCAGUACGUCCCCUUCGGCGGGAAGCGCCUCUGCCCCCUAAAAGGGUCCCGGCCGACCAUGGACCGAGCCGUGACCUGUGACGUGCCGGAGCCGUCCCGCACCCUCCGCCGGCGGAAGCUGACGCGGAACCGCUUCACCAUCGACACAGACCUGGUCCUGCACGCCGGCGACCACCUUGACCACCCCGGCCCCCCGUCGGACCGGCCCCCCUCCACUUACCACUACGCACCUCUGGCCCAGUACACCCCGCGGCCCCCGCCGCCGCCGCCGCCGCAGCAGCAGCAGCCCCAGGCGGGGGUCACCGACCUCUGGGUGGAGGAGCAGUUCGACCUGGCCCGCUACGGCGAGGUGGAGACGGACGCCAUGGGCGGGCUGGUGAAGGAGACGGACAUCUUGAGCGACGACGACGAGUUCUGCAACUCGGUGCGGGGAGGGGGGUCCACCACCUCGACAGGGGGGGGCGCCGGACCCCUGGAGGGGAGCCUGGAGUCGCUGGGCCUGCGGGACGCCCCGACGCGGGGGGCGGAGAGAGUGAGUCGACCCGCUCGGGGUGGGGCCAGGGCGGAGGAGGGCGGUUAUCAAGGGGAGCACCGGUGUGACGACGCAGACUCUUUCCCCCCCCCGGGGCGCCGGGACGUCCCGGCAGCCUCCCCACCGCUGACGCUGCUCGCACCCCUCAAGCACUGCGCCGGAGCCCGGGGCGCGGCCGACACCGCCCGCGACCCGGCCUGGGCGCGGCGGGACGACUUUGGGAACAGGAGGAAGAAUGACGUCUUCUGAGCGGGGGGGGGGGGGGGGAAACCGCCCCGAUCUGGGAAACACGAGGAGCGAAAGAGCAGUGGAAGAACAACAGGACAUCUGAAGAGGUUUACGACGAGAAACGGUACUUGUGUUGAUUCAGACGGGAUGAGUUCUGCCGCCUGGCCCGAGGGGACGAUGGCGGUAAAGGGAACCAGGGUACGCUCUAAGCUAUAUAGAAAACCAUUGAUUUGGACGCGACGACAUGAAACAAACUCUUCCUCCCUCCAGAUCUUUGCAAAAAAUAUUUUUCCUUCGCCGUCCCCGUCUUCACCCCCCCUUCGAUCCUAAGGCGAUGAAGUGGCAAGAAAAAACUGUCACAAUCGAACACCACACACCCCAGGACGGCCCGCCGACGCUGUCCUGGCGGGAGAAGAACGCAGGUCACCACAGCUCAAAAGAGUACUCACCAGUACUUCCUGUUGGAAGAGCAGUAUUACCACGUGUACAGGAACCAGCCGGGCCGCCAGCGCAUGCACACGUCACUUGCAUGCGAGGCACGUCGUCCACACCAGCCAGCAAGUCCAUAACCCGGCACAACGCAUUACUGCCAUUUCCAAAAACAAGCAUCCACAAAGAAAAGGUCUAUUUUUGAACACAGGAAUGUGGCUGUUAUUUUUGGGCUCCGCAUAAAGCAUCGCCAAUCUCUAUUUUGUCACUUAAAGGGCUGUCAUGUUGUUGACUAUCUCUACAGGGUUUUUCUGGCGUAAAACGGAUGUGUAAAAUAAAAAUAUGUCACUGUGUAAAAUAUAAUGGCACCGAGAUUCAACCCGCUUUUUACAUUUGUUGGACAACGUACGAAGUAGUGAGAUGAACAAUCUCGAUAAACAAGCUGUUCUGUUGGGCUUGGCGUAUCCUUUAAUGCGUCUGUGCUGUGAUGUUUUUGAGGCAAUAGCCUGUCUUAACCAUUGCUACUGUUUUUUCUAUGAUGUUUACACCUUGCUCAGCUGUCAGUGUUAUGGUGAAUCCUUUUUUGUUUUUUUCAGCAUAAUAUCAUGAACUAAUACAUAAUAAGCUAAAAAAUGUUUUUUAGCCAUACCAAAAGACUGUUUUCUACCAGUGGAAAUUCUGCUUUUCUUCACAAACGUCAUCAUCAUGCUACCCAUCUUAGUCCUGUACUACUUGAAUAUUAUUGUGGCCAAUUUUUGGAAGCAGGAAGCAGUGGACACCCGUUACUGAACCCAGAAGGACUAGUGCCAACUUUAUAUGUCGGUGGGCCGUAUACGGCGAGACAACUUCUUCCGAAUCUCAUUUCUUUGCGGGUGCGUCGAGACGAGGCCGCAUCCGAGCGCUCUAAUCACCGCGGAGUAACCGGCUGAAACGGAGAGCUAUUGAAACAAGACGAAACCCAGCGCCGGGGCGGAUGAAAAACAAAACGCAACCACCUACUGUCGCUCUCCGCACUCUCUCCCCCCCCCCCCUCCCCUUUUAUGCCCCGUAUCGUUCUAUGGCUGUGUGCCUCGCUCUCCCUUCACUCCGACGUGAUGUGACGUGACGUAAUGCAUUCCUUUUCCCAAAGCUCGAGUUCUAAAGUGACGCCUCUUUAUGUGCUCGUGAUCUCGAGCAGCACAUUACGCUCUGCUCAUCUGGACCCAGACGGGGGGCACUUUGAUCAGCAGAUGUAGUGAACCUGCACUUAAGUUAGGAAGUGUGAAGACGAGACACACACUCCCCUCCUCGGAGCACCCGCCAGCAGAGACCGGAGCAAGUGCUCCUUCCUUGUGCUUCUCCUUUUUAGCGUCUUUUUACUUCUCAAGAUUUUAUUAGGCUCAGCAGACCCGACGGGCCGUUUUGAGUAGGCCUACCCCGGGGUGUAAGGACUUGGACCCUCGUGAACGGGAGGUACCGUACAAUCACCGUGGUCGAAAAAAUAUAAAUUUUGUGAUGAGAACCUCCUCUGACUUGUCCCUUUGUACUGUAAACUGUUCAUACAUGAAACUGGUGUAUUCUUGUUUUUUUUGUAUCUUAACAGAAAAAAAUAAAUUUUCUAAAUUUCACUCAA